AUGGACGGAUCUAACCUGCCUUUCGUACCCGCAUAUGGAAAUAUAGAUGAUGAAAUUGAUGACGAUAUUUUCUUUUUACUGAGUGCGAUUGACUCAUCAGACGACGAUGAAAACACCAAAAUGCCGCAACGCAACUUGCCAUUACGAGGGGGCAUGUACAUAACAUACAUGCUGAACGGUCACCCAGAGCCGUGUUUUCAAAUGUUUCGUAUGGAGCCACCAGAUUUUAUAGCUUUGUGUUUUGAGUUGAGGGAGCGCCGACUCAUAAAGAGUACAAGGAACCUUGAUGUUGAGGAAAGUGUUGCUAUAUUUCUUGUGCUUACUGGGCACUGCCAAGGGCAGCGGAUUGCUGCCGAUCGCUUCCAACACUCCACGGAGACAAUAAACCGGCAUUAUAAUAAGGUGUUGAAAGAACUGGGCCAUCUGGCCAAGGUCUACAUCAAAGUGAGACAUAGGAUUGGGGUGCACCCACAUGUACAGGGUAAUCCUAAAUAUUAUCCUUGGUUCAAGGAUUGUAUUGGUGCAGUCGACGGCACACACAUAAAGGCCCAAAUCCCAGCAGAGCACCAACGCCUCUAUCGUGGCCGGAAAAAUGAAUGCACACAUAACAUUAUGGCAAUAUGCGAUUUUGAUAUGUUAUUCACGUUCGUGUACGCUGGCUGGGAGGGAUCCGCGAACGAUGGCCGCAUUUUCAAGGAUGCUGUUACAACUGACCAAGACUUUGAGUGGCCUACAGAUGGGCACUAUUAUGUGGCUGAUUCUGCAUACCCAUGCACACGAGGUUUCUUGCCUCCGUAUAAAGGGGAGAGGUAUCAUCUCUCCCAUUUUCGUAAUAGGCCUCUGCCCCGUGGGUACAAGGAACUGUUUAAUUUCAGACACUCCUCACUACGAAUGAUGAUUGAGAACUGCUUCGCUAGAUUAAAGAGGCCGGAGAUGGCGUAUUUUGUACGAUAUGCCUAG